AUGGAUGAACUUAAAAAAGAUGCUCGUUUUGCUCACAUUGCAAAAGAUCCACGUUUUCGACCAGCAUCGAAAAGUGAACGAAAAUUAAAAAUUGAUAGACGUUUUGCGUCGAUGUUUAACGAUCCAAAAUUUAAAUUAAAAUAUACAGUUGAUAAACGUGGUAGACCACUUGUUAAAGAACAUACAACACGUGAUGAUAUGAAAAAAUUUUAUCAUCUUGAAGAAGAAGAAGAUGGAAAUAGUUCAACAUCAUCCGAAGAAGAAGAAGAAACAGAAAAAGAAAGAAAAUUAACAGAUGAUGAAGAACUUGAUGAAUUACUUCAAAGUGACGAAAGUCAAGAAGAAGAAGAAGAUGAUGAUGAAGAAGAAGGAGACGAAGAAGAAGACAAAUCAAGUUCAUCAGAUGAAGAUGAAGAAAUACCUGAAGUUACUGAUGGAGAAACCUGGAAUGAAUUUGAUGAUAAAUGUGCUCGAACUGAUGACGUUAGUCAUCGAUUAGCUGUAUGUAAUAUGGAUUGGGAUCGUGUACGAGCCAUUGAUAUCUUUCUUUUAUUAAACUCUUGGAAACCAGCUGAUGGUACAAUUAAAUCAGUUACUAUCUAUCCAUCUGAAUAUGGAAUACAACAAAUGGAAGCUGAGAAAAAAUUUGGUCCUUUACCUGGAACGGCCCAACCUGUACCCAUAACAACAAAUCAAAAUGGUAAACAUAAUGAAGAUCAAACUGAAGCUGAAGAAGAACCAGAAUUACCAGAAAUCAAAUCAGAUGAUGAGGAUGAAGAACCAAAUUAUAAUCAUGAUGAUGAUCAAGAUGCAACUGAUCCAAUUAUGCGUGAACGAUUACGAAAAUAUCAAUUAAAUCGUUUAAAAUAUUACUACGCCGUUGCUGUAUGUGAUAGUGAAGCAACAGCUGCUCAUAUAUAUAAAGAAUGUGAUGGACUUGAAUAUGAAACAAGUGCUGUUCGCCUUGAUUUACGUUUUAUACCAGAUUCAGUUACAUUUGAUUCUUCGAUUGCUCCACAUGAUCAAUGUACUCAAUUACCUGAUAAAACAUUAUAUAAACCAUUACUUUUUCGUAAUACAGCAUUAACACAAACAAAAGUACGUUGUACAUGGGAUGAAACACCAGUUGAACGACGUAGAUUAACAAAGAAAAAAUACACACUUGAAGAAUUAGAAAAAGUUGAUUUAGAUGCUUAUUUAGCAUCAGAAUCUGAUGAAGAACCACAAGAUGAUGAUGAUGAUAAUAAUAAUGACGAAAGUGGUGAUGAAGAUGAGAAGAAAAAUGAUGAUGCAAUUUUCAAAAUACCAACAUCUAUUCCAUCAGAUGAAAAUAAAAAAAAAUCAAAUCAACCAAUAGCUCGAGCACCUAGUGUACUUAGUACUCAAGAUGAUAUUGAUCGUUAUAGAGCUUUACUGUUAGAUUUUAAUGAAGAACCAAAAUCAAAUAAAAAAUCGAAAAAAAAAUUAACAACUUUUUUCGAUGAACAAAAUAGUGAUGAAGAACAUUCUAAUCAAGGUAUGCUUGAUGAUGAUGACGAUGAUGAUGAUAGUGACAUUGAUAUGGAGAUCACAUGGCAACCAGGCUUGAAAGGAAAAGUUGAUCAAAAAUCACAGAUUUCACAAAAUCAAAGUGAAAAGAAGAAACCUAAGAAUAAAAAACAAGAAAAAUCAAAUCUUCUUCGAGAACAAAUGGAACAACGAGAAGAAGAAGAAGAUGAUGGUCAAACUGAAAAUGAUCGAGAAACACUUGAAUUACUUACAGUUGAUGAUGACAUUGAUGAAAAACGUGAUUAUAAUCUUCGCGAUAUGAUCAAAUCUCAUAAACAAUCAACUAAAGCUGCAGCUAAAAAUGCUAAGAAAUCCAAACAUAUGCAACAAACUUCUUUAGAUACAUCAGAAACAAAUAAGAAUGACGAUUCUUUUAAAUUGAAUGUAGAUGAUACACGUUUUAAAGCUAUUUAUGACAAAUCAGCAUUCAAUAUUGAUCAAACUGAUCCUCGAUUUAAAGCAACAGCUGGUACACAACGACUUAUCGACGAAAAACUAAAGAAAAGAAAAUUUGAUAAUGUAACUUCUUCAUCAAGGACUGACCGUGAUGAAGAUGAUAUUGUUGCUAAAUUAAAGAGAAAAUCAGCAAAAAAAGAUUAA